AACCCCUAUGACAGGUUUUUGCUCACGAGCCUGCAAGCUCCUCCUCGAUUCCAUGCGCCAUUCAACCCACGGCGCUGUAGGAAUCGUGACCUCCGCAUGCAAUCUACGUUAAGACAACGUUUCCUCGUAGGAAAUUGUGCUUCCGCUCCGAAUUUCGUUUGUGGGUUGUUUUACGGGGAGGAGUUUCACCUGUGUUUGGAUACUCUGUUGCGGCCUUUGAUUGGGAGGAUCCGCAAUGGCGUCGCAGUGUCACCUUCUUUCUGUGCCCUCUUCUACGUCGCGGUUGUGCAUUUCAGCUGCUAGCUCGGCCUCAUUCUCUACGAAUUGUAAUGCUGGAGUUAAUCAGCCCUCUGUGUUCCUUCGGGGUCAGCGAGUUCAAUUGCAGCGGCUCUCCAAACCUUUACACCUGUUAAACUUAAGAACCCCCGUUCAAUGUGUGUCGUCCACUUUUGGUAGUUCGUCGAACAAUGGGGAAGAGACACAAGAAAAUAAUUUACUCGCCAACAUCAUGGCUAAGGCUCCGGAACCAAUUAGGGUUUUCCCUUGGGGAAAAGCGGGAAACUUGUUCGUGCAGAGGCUUUUGCACCAGUUUUGGACUGUUGGGAAAUAUUUGGCAAUUCCGGUGUUGGCAGCGUCGAUGCUGAGUGAGCUCUCGUACACUUUGCUGCAAGAGAAGGUGCUCAUUAUUCCUGCUGGUAUGAUUGGUGGAUUUGCUUUCGCGGGGAUGAUGAAGGAAACAGCUGUCGAGCUAGCUGCAGACAUUGAAGUUGGUCAGUUUCCUUGGCACCUUGUUGCGUUAGGCUUCAUGUUUGGAGCUCUCAAGUUUAUUGGCCCAUAUCUUCCUGCGUGGGGCCGGGUCAGUGUUCCCCAUUUUGCUAAUGGUGGAUUGUGGCAUGUGAUUAAACUUGUCAUUGACUGGAGAAGGCAGCAAGCUGAGAAAACAAAAGUAAGAUCGAGGUGAUUUUACAGAUACUGUAUUUCUAGUUCACAAGUUCACCAGGUCUUUGUAUGAAAGUUUCUGUUCACGUUCUUUUUGGCAUGGAACAUAAGUGCUUUCGGGGUCUGUUUGUAGCCAUCUGUCCUUCUGAUUAAUGACGUUCUUUGCACUUGA